AUGAGAGCACUUCUGGUUCCGAGGUUAGGCCCACUGCCUUCGCGGAAGGACCUGGACAAAGAAUUUGAAGUUGUGGUCCAAGACAUCAGAGAUGAGGUUGCUGCACGUGUGGCUGAAGCACUGAAGUCAGGUAGCAAGUUUUGCAUCUCUGGCGACACUUGGAAAAACAAGGGCCGGAAAAGACGUCACUACUUGGCCUGCUACUUGAACUUUGUGACGGACAACUUUGACCACAUUACCUUGUGCGCCGAUGUUGUUGAGGCGCCGCCUCCCCGCACAGGAGAGCGGUAUGGAGAGCUCUUUGGGCGGAUAGUGUCCAACAUGGGGCUGCAAAGCGCUGACUUGGUUUGUGCACUGAGUGACCAUGAGUCCUCUAUACGCUGCGGGCUGAGAACCUUGCAGUGCCCGCAGGUAGGGUGCGGGGCUCAUGGAAUACAGCUGGCGAUCAAGCACAGCACCCCUCCUUUUCGGCCUCCUCGAAAGAAGCGAGACGCCUCUGCGGCAACCUUGUCAAGCAGCAGCUCCGGUAGUUCUACAUCGAGCUCUUCGUCAUCCUCCUCUUCCAGCGACGAUGAGAAUGCAGUUGCUGGACCACAAGUGGCAGAGCCCAAGAAGCGUGGGCGAAAACCGGACGCUGCUGCAGUGGAGAUAAAGGGGCUCCUGAAGCAGCCAUUCACGAGGUUGUCCUGUAUCGCUCGAUUGCGAAGCAUUUUGCCCGACGGGAAGAUCAUUGGACAUAUCUUGAGCAAGAAGCCGCAUCAGAACAAGAGGAAGAUCGAGGGUCCACCAGAGCUCGAUCGAUCUGAAUUGAAGCUAGCAGUGCAGCUAUGCGCUGUUCUGGAACCAUUGCGAUUAGCGACCCGUUUGAUUGAAGCUGAAGAUCGAGCCUUGUGUUCUCUCUAUCUUCCACUCUUCCACCAAUGCAGCGAAACGCUUGGCAAGAAUAGGGGAGCCCUUCCCCUGCCCAAGGAAUUGAGAAAGGCGUUUGGUGAGAAUGUUCAGAUCUCUUCUCUUCUGGAGGUGCCAAACAAGCUACGGCUUUUCUUAGCUGCUGAUCUCAAAAAAAUACGUGAAAGACACUUGGUUGGAACAACUGGUGACGAUUUGCUUGCAGUAGCCACGUUCCUGGACGGACGUUUCCAGAAGCACCAUGUGUGGCAGUCCAUGCUCUCUUUGGAAGACACAAAGAACAAAGUAGCGCAGAUGGCGCUACAAGCGUCACAAGACUUUCCUGCGCUAGUUGAACGUUUGCGCAAGCAGGCGCAGGAUCCAGUCAAUUGGACCCUGGCUGCGUUGGCGAAAGCUGAGGCGGCACCUAAACCACGCGGCCGUGGAGGCCGUGGAGGCCGUGGCAGAGGCCGUGCAAGAGCGCAAAGUGACCCAGCCCCAAAGUCCCGGUGUGCUUCAGAGGCAGCCCUGCAGGAAACAACUCCGAGUGGGCAGAAUCUAAAGCGGAGGCGCCUUCAGCCACAAACAUCAGCUGAAGAAUGGCUUUUCGGGCAACCAGAGCAGCAAGAGAAGGAAGAGGUAGUCCUCGCUGAUGUGGAUGCGGCCCGAAAAAGCAAAUAG